AUGAAGAGUUACUCAUCCUGGAAAUUCAAAGCCCAAACAAAUUUAUUAUUUAUCCUAACAGGUCAGAUCCACUCUCAGCAAUGGAACUCAUUGUACAAGUUCACACAGCCAUAUCCCGGAAAACCAACUGUUGAUGUGACUGAUGCAAUGUUAAAAAUGAACAUGACACCGACAGAAAUGUUCAAACUUUCCGAGAAAUUCUUUACAUCCAUGGGGCUUCCACCAAUGCCCGAUUCCUUCUGGGAAAAGUCGGUGCUGGAGAAGCCGACAGACAGAGAAAUUGUUUGCCACGCAUCUGCUUGGGAUUUCUGUGGAAGCGGCGAUGUGCGAAUAAAGCAAUGCACGCAAGUGAAGAUGGAUGAUCUUCUAGUCGUCCAUCAUGAGAUGGGUCACAUUGAAUACGACCUCAAUUAUGCCAAACAACCGUACUACUUCAGGGCUGGUGCAAACCCUGGUUUCCACGAGGCAAUAGGGGAUACAAUAUCUCUCUCCGUGGCCACACCAAAGCACUUGAAGGCCGUUGGUCUUUUGGAGCAAAGCCCAGAAGAUACAGAGACUGGCAUAAAUUACCUGUACAAAAUUGCCCUCGACAAGGUUGCCGGAAUCCCUUCGAUGUACGUCUACGAUCGCUGGCGUUGGAACGUGUUCAAAGGAAAGUAUCAAUCCGAACAGUUGAACAAGGGAUGGUGGGACCUUCUUCUAAACCACCAGGGCAUCUGUCCAGGAGUAGCCCGCACACCGGAAGACUUUGAUCCUCCUUCUAAAUAUCACAUUUCUGCAAGCGUCCCCUACAUAAGAUAUUUUGCCAGCACAGUAUUACAGUUCCAGUUCUACAAGGCCCUUUGUGAGGAGGCCAACCACAAAGGACCACUUCACGAGUGUGACUUCUAUGAGUCAAAGGAGGCUGGAAAGCUAUUUGGUGACAUCUUGGCAUUGGGAUCAUCGAAGCCGUGGCCCGAGGUACUGGGGAUGUUAACCAAGAACAAGACGAUGAAAAUGGACGCGGGACCGCUUCUGGAAUAUUUCCAACCCCUGCUCGAAUGGCUUCGUAAACACAACGAGGAAAAGUUCGUCGGCUGGAAAAGCGACGACUCGACCGCUUGCCCCGCUCCGCCGUCCAAGGCUUGCUGAGUCAGACAUUCUCGGGAGCGCCGCACUACUCGCCACGGACAAUAUAAUUUAAGUCUCAAUAAAUAAACGGGUAGCUUUAGAAACCCGCAAC